CCCCACACCCCGUACAUUCUUGUCUCAGCACACUCUAAACACACAGUCCAAUCCUCAAGAACAAGCUCAGGUUUUCCUUUUAGCGGGACUUUUUUAAACAGUUUUCUUCACCAUGAUUUUUGAAGCUCUUUUCGAUUGCAUGGACUUUACUUGUUGGCUUCUGCUGGGGUUUGUUCUGCUGUUAAUAUUUGAUGUUGUGAAAAACGGCAGACCUCCAAACUUUCCACCCGGACCCUGGGCUGUGCCUCUUGUAGGAAAUGUCUUCACUUCACUGGAUUUCAAAACAAUGGAGAAGGUAGCAAAGGAAUAUGGUCCCGUGUUCAGCGUGAGGAAAGGCAGUCUGAAGAUGGUGUUUAUUUCGGGGCACAAGAUGGUCAAAGAGGCUCUUGUCAACCAGCUGGACAGCUUUGUUGAUCGGCCAAUUGUUCCUCUUUUUCACGUUAUCUUCAAGGGCCUUGGUAUAGCUCUGAGUAACGGCUACUUGUGGAAGAAACAGAGGAAGUUUGCAAACACUCAUCUGCGCUACUUUGGAGAGGGCCAGAAAACUCUGGAAAAGUACAUUGAAGUGGAGUCCAACUUUCUUUGUGAAGCCUUUAAAGAUGAGCAAGGAAGGCCAUUCAAUCCUCACUACACCUUAACAAAUGCAGUGAGUAACAUCAUCUCAUCCGUGGUCUUUGGACAUCGAUUUGAAUACUCAGAUCCAAGCUUUCGCCAAGUUCUGGAGCUGGACAACGAAGCUGUCAUUCUUUCUGGUGCCCUUCGGAGUCAGCUGUAUGAUGCCUUCCCUGGCUUGAUGAGCUACCUGCCUGGACCUCAUCAGACUGUCCACGCCAACUACCGGAAGAUCGUGAGCUUUUUGGAAAACGAGAUAGAGAAGCACAGAGAGGAGUGGAACCCGGAUGAUCCUCGGGAUUUUAUCGACGUCUACCUGUCAGAGAUGGAGAAGAAAAAAGAGGAUCCCCUGGCUGGCUUCAACACUGAAACACUGCUGGUUUCCACUCUUGACCUUAUUGAGGCUGGAACGGAAACAGCUGCCACCACGUUACGCUGGGCCCUUCUGUACAUGUUGCACUACCCAGAGAUACAAGAGAAGGUCCAAGCAGAGAUAGACAGAGUGAUUGGACAGUCUCGUCAGCCCACCAUGGCUGACAGACCAAACAUGCCCUAUACCGACGCCGUCAUCCACGAGGUACAAAGGAUAGGAAAUGUUGUACCCAUGGGAUUUCCUAAAAUGGCGAGUAAAGACACAACACUGGGAGGAUACUUCAUUCCUAAGGGAACACCUAUCACCACAAUCCUGGCAUCUGUGCUGUUUGAUGAGAAUGAGUGGGCCACUCCACAUGUCUUUAAUCCUGAGCAUUUCUUGGAUUUAGAGGGCAGGUUUGCCAAAAAAGAUGCUUUCCUGCCAUUUUCAGCAGGUAAACGUAUGUGUUUGGGGGAACACCUGGCCAAAAUGGAGCUCUUCCUCUUCUUUGCAACUCUGCUGCAGCGGUUCACCUUCGCUCCGGUUCCGGGAGAAAUGCCCAGCAUGGAGGGCGUGAUGGGCUUCACUCAUUCCCCCGAGGAGUUCAGGUUGCUGGCUGUGCCACGUUGACGUCCCGACACCAUAAUGUGUUGAUAUCAGUGAGGAUGUGUCCUGACAUACAGUCACAUGCAACAAAUUAGAAUCUGGGUUGUGAUGAGGCUCGUUUGUCUAAUUAAAAGUACCUUUUGAACAUAACCCUUGAAAAGCAAAGAAACAUACUUAUUAUGAAGCCCACAUUUUUGUAUUAGAAUGGGUUUUUUUGUUAGGCUGAUGUUAUUGUCUAAUCUUAAAUGUGGUGUUUUUGUUAGCUGCAAGCAGAAAAAUCAUCAUAUUCAAGAGAAAUAAAUACUGAAAACAUCUACCAGUAUUAAUCUGCAUGGUUUAUUGAAAUAUAUAAACUCAAUUUACUGAAUAUGACCGUGUAUUGCUUUUCCAUAUGUAUAAUAACAUUUGGUGGCUUUAAAAGUUUGUGAGAAAACUACAAGAAUACAUGGAUCAAAACCUGUUUUACUUCUAUCUACUACUUGUCAUUUGAUAUCAUAACCUUAUAAUAUGUCAUUUUUUUUUAUUUGUGUACUUAGCCAGAGAAAUGUAUCAUGCUUUAACCUGACGCAUCUAGUCCUACAACUCUGUUAAGUUUUUGAAAGAUUUCUUCUUGGUCUGGAUGGGAAACAGCAGCUCGGUGAACUUGACGCUGUAUCUUUAAAGAACUCAGAUUUGGCAUUGCCUGAUGGGAAUGUGCAGCUGUCUGCAACGUCAUCAAUAAAAAGUGUUUUGUGUUACACUC